CUAGUAAACCCAAAAUGUUUGAAAUCGAGCCCAAAUAAAGGCCCAAAACGUAAGCCCAUUAAUUUGCCGUAAUUUCGAGAAUGCGAAGCAAAAAAGCGGGAACUAUUCUGAUCCAAAUUUCGUGAAAAAUCAUUUCCCGCUUCUCUCUCAGGUAAAUCAAACUCUUCACUCUGCAAAAAAAAAAAAAAAAAAAGUUCAAACUCUCCAUUUCUUUUCCCAUCUUGGGUUUUCUCGGCUACCAAACAGUUAUACUAUUGCUACAUUUCUCAUGUGAUCAUAUCGUUUCGGUCUUUCAAGUUUCACACUAUUCCAGAUCGAACUUCGGGUUUCAGAUAAUCGAUUUCUAAUGAGAAAGAUUCGGUUUGAUUGAGAUAAGCUAUGUCAAAUUACGAUCUUAGCUGCUCAGAACAAGUGCCUGGUGUAAACACCGCCGCAGAUUGUGAGAAAGCGUGGCAUAUCUUGGCGAUUUUGUUGAGCAUAGGCCGGCCGGCGAGUCUUGGAGAGCUUUCUUCGAAGUGCGAGUUGUUCGAUGCGACGCCGGAUUACAUUGGGAGCCUCUGCUCGAACCCUAACUCGCCGAUUAUUCUUUUGGAUAAUCAACUCGUUACUGUUUCCAUGGCGGUGGUUUCGUCCAUGGUAGAGUUUGCGUCAAAAUCAAAGUCCGGUGGUGGUGGGGGUUCCGUUUCGCUGUUUGGAAUUGAAUUCAACGAAUCGAACAAGCAUUUGAAUUUUGACGUUAAGACCUACUUUCGGAAGCGGAAGGAAAAGGAAUUUGAUCCGGUUGUGUUCUCGGCAGCUAAAAGGAGGUUAUUGUAUCAAGGGGAAAACGAUCAACUUAUGCUGUCGUUACCUACUGAAAUUAAGGAAAUUUGUAAUAAUGAUAAAGCUACUGUCCCUUUACUUCUUGGGUCCAACUGUGAGUUUUCGAAAAAUUCCAUGAUGAAUGGUAACCAGGGGAAAGAUGAAGGUAGUGUUGGGACAAACAUUUUAGAUGAGGGUAGUGCUGGGACAAACAUUUUUAAUGAUAGUAGUGCUGGGACAAACAAUAGAGAUGAGGGUAGUGCUGGGACAAACAUUUUAGAGGAGCAGCAGGAGUGUUCUGGAUAUGUACAUACAUCAACUUUGCCUUGCAGCUUGGUAAAUAAAGAAUCAAAUUUGGGUGUUCUGGAACCAAUCCAAGAGGAUCAAAUUAUGGCACACAACUACAUUGAGACCUUACCUUUGCCUGAUAACUUUCAUGAUUCAUUAUCAAUCAAGAAAGCAGAUGUUGACGAAGCUGUUGGAUCUAAGAAUGGAGUGUGUCGGAGUCUCACAUUUGACGGAGAGGAAGAUAAAAUAGGUAAUGGUUUGCCAUUAGAGGGUGGCUUUUCUAAUGCUCAUUCUUGCAGAAGUUUGAUACAUCACAUAGAAGAUGUUGCAGAAAACAUAGCAGGAACUAGUGGUAACAAAGGUGUCAUUGAUCAUCAUGAGGAAAAAGGAGAUACAGAAAAAACUGUUCGUUUUAAGGAGUUAAAAAAUCUGGUGAGUAUUUCGACAAUGGACAAAGAGCGAACACAUAGAUUGGAAACUCACACCAACAUUAGAGUAUCUGGGAAUUCUUCCAGUCAGAAGCAACCUGUGAAAUCAUAUAUUAAGUUGAAGCGCAUGAGCAAGAAUUUGCCUCCACAACAAGGAGUGCUUUUGGGGCCAUCAAAAUAUAGUAGACUUAUAAUAUCCCGUAAAAGUGAUCAGAAGCGUCAUUCUGGGGAGCAUAACUCAAAGAACAGUAAUAACGGAAAAGAAAAUGCAGUAAAUCCAACGUCUAUGUCAUUAAAGAACAAUUUGGAGAAAAAGGAAUUCCCUCAGUUCGACAAUUUUCUCAUAGAGGAUGAAGAAGGUUCAGGUGGUUAUGGCAUUGUUUACAGAGCCCGAAGAAUUAGUGAUGGGAAAAUGUGUGCUAUUAAAUGCCCUCAUGGUAAAGCUCAAAAACAUCAUGUCACUAACGAACUUAAAAUGCUUGAGCGCUUCGGUGGUAAAAACUUCAUAAUUAAGUAUGAAGGUUCACUCAAAAGUGGUGAUGCAGAGUGCUUUAUAUUGGAACAUGUUGAUCAUGACCGACCUGAGAUUCUGAAAAGAGAAAUAGAUCUAUUUCAGCUUCAGUGGUAUGGUUAUUGCAUGUUCAGGGCCCUUGCGUGCUUGCAUAAGCAGGGAGUGGUUCACAGAGAUAUUAAACCUGGCAAUUUUCUUUUCUCUCGGAAGCUAAAUAAGGGAUACCUUAUUGAUUUCAACCUUUCCAUGGAUUUACAGCAAAGGCUGAGUGUUGGAAGUAAACCAAAACAAAGCAGUUAUGCAUCUUUUGUUCAUGCUCCUCUCUCUUCCCCGGUAGCUGCUCAGUCGACCAAAGAUAAUAAGGCUGUGAGAGUUCAUCGUUUUGCUGUUAAUCAAGGAGGCACAGUAGAUUUAAAGCCAAGUCACGAACAUAAGAAUAGCGUGAAGAGGAAGGCUCUUACUGAUUUGAGUAAUUUUAAUAAACUUAAAAGCCAAGGUGCAGAUGGCUCAGGUAUAACCUCUGCAAAAGAUGCAGCGGGCGCUAGGACUCCUUCAGCAGAAAGGACGAGGGAGCCUCUUCCAUCCUUAGGAAGAAAGGAGUUACUUAGCCUUGUGCAGAAUGUGAUGAGAAGUCCAAAUAAUGAUGAUGAUCUAAAGACCUCCGUUUCUCAAAGGAAGAGAAUUGCUGCUCCUUCAUGCAAGAUGGAAAGAAAGAAUUUCUACACGAGCCCAAUGCCUUUGUAUUCUAAUGGUGUACCUGUUGUUGAUGCUGCAUUACUCAAAGGCAAAGGAGAAGGGAAGCGAAAAAAGGAAGGUUCAUGUGUUGGAACCAAAGGAUUUCGUGCUCCAGAGGUCUUACUAAGGUCACUGCAUCAAGGUUCAAAGAUUGAUGUUUGGUCAGCUGGAGUUACCCUACUUUACCUAAUGAUGGGAAGAUCACCUUUUACCGGAGACCCUGAACAGAACAUGAAAGACAUUGCAAAGUUAAAAGGCAGUGAAGAUUUGUGGGAAGUUGCUAAGCUUCAUGACCGUGAAUCAUCAUUUCCAUCGGAGUUAUUAGAGGUCCAAUUCUUGGACUCUAUGGAAAUCCGUAGUUGGUGCAGGGCCUACACAAGGAGACCUGAUUUUUUCGAGACUAUACCAACAUCGCUAUUUGAUCUUGUUGAUAAAUGCUUGACUGUAAAUCCAAGGCUGAGGAUCACUGCAGAAGAAGCUCUUAGGCAUGAGUUCUUCGCCUCGUGCCAUGAGAGCUUGAGAAAGGUGAGGUUGCAGAGUAGUAUGUCAGUGUGUCCAGCUCUAAAUAUUUAAGUAACAAAGGAAAAAUAAAUGAAGACCUUUUUUGAAGAUUUCAGUAGCUAUUAUUGUUGUAACACCCUGCAAAUAGAUAGGUUGCCCUCAAUUCAAAAUUCUGUUGUAUAUUUUGUUGAAUAGAAUCCAAAGCCAAAAUAGUGUAGAUUUGAUGCAAA